GGAGGUGAGGUCCUGAAGGCUCGAACCCGAGAACGGGGUUACAUUGGUCUAUUUGCUUACAGAGUUAGCCCGUCCUUGUUGAACAUGAACCGGAGUUAAUCGAUUAGGUUUAGAACUUGGUGUCUCUGCAUCUCUGUUCUUUGAUUCUCAAAGGACUCCGACGUUUUCUCCUUCGAUCACACCUCUGCCGUUCCAAGUUGCAAUAGAAAUGUACUCUCCCUUCUAAAUCCCAAAUCCCUGCCUCUCUCUUUCUCUCUCUGAGCAGCCAUGAUCUCUCUGCAGUUGCUCACUAGUAACCCUAAUCAAUCUUCUUUCCAAACCUCUCCUUGCAUCUUCCAUUUUGGUCAACCUCUUCACAGAAAAACCCUAAAACCUAACUUCAAGAACAGAACCCACUACGGCAAUACCAUCCAAUCAGUUCUCCAAUGGAACAGGAAACCAGAAUUAGCCGGCGAGACUCCCCGUGUUGUCGUCAUCACUUCCGGCAAAGGUGGUGUUGGAAAAACUACCACCACUGCAAAUGUCGGCCUCUCCCUAGCUCGUCUUGGCUUCUCCGUUGUCGCCAUUGAUGCCGAUGUUGGUCUCCGCAAUCUAGACCUCCUUCUUGGCCUGGAAAAUCGAGUCAAUUACACUGCUGUUGAGGUACUUAAUGGCGAUUGUCGCCUUGACCAGGCGUUAGUCCGGGACAAGCGUUGGUCCAACUUCGAGCUCCUGUGUAUUUCGAAGGCUCGGACUAAGCUUCCUCUUGGGUUUGGCGGAAAAGCUCUUAUUUGGCUUGUUGAUGCUUUAAAAGGCCGCCAAGAAGGUUGCCCAGAUUUCAUAAUCAUUGACUGUCCUGCGGGCAUCGAUGCUGGGUUCAUUACUGCUAUCACUCCGGCCAAUGAGGCAGUUCUUGUCACCACUCCAGACAUUACUGCCUUGAGGGACGCUGACCGGGUAACGGGUUUGCUCGAAUGUGAUGGAAUUAAGGAUGUAAAGAUGAUUGUGAACAGGGUUAGGACAGAUUUGAUUAGAGGGGAGGAUAUGAUGUCAGUUCUCGAUGUUCAGGAAAUGUUGGGGUUGGCUCUGUUAGGUGUGAUUCCGGAGGAUUCUGAGGUGAUUCGGAGUACGAACAGAGGGUACCCACUUGUAUUAAAUAAGCCACCAACAUUGGCUGGACUAGCUUUUGAGCAGGCGGCAUGGAGGCUUGUUGAACAGGAUAGUAUGACUGCUGUCAUGGUUGAGGAGGAGCCCAAAAAGCGUGGGUUCUUCUCGUUCUUUGGGGUGUAGCAAAUAGCAAUUGAACUCACUGGAUCUGGUGCUCUCAAAGUUUAAGUUUUUUGGAUUUGUUGCUUGAAACGUAUGGGGACUUUAUCGAAUGCAAGUAAUCUGCUUGGGUUUUGGCAUCACCUACUUGUUCGAAGACAGUGUUAAGUGAGACGCUGUGUACAGCGAUUAGGUAUAUUUUAGGUGAGCAUCCCACAACUGGCUGUCAUUCUCCAUCAUGAACAUGAGACUUUAACAUAUUCUGAUGGCCACUUUUGGACAAUUAUAGAAACAUUGCAGCUGUUACUCUUAUAGCAUUCAAGAAACUCACAUUGAUUUAACAAUGACAAUUCCCAGCAAACAAAUUAGAAGAGAUGUGAUGAUUUCCCGCUUGGGCUUUCUCUAGCUAGUGAAACUCUAGAUACAUCACAAUUUUUUGGCAUCUUGACUUUUCUCUCCAUUAACUGUGAUGAAUGUGGGUCUCUCUUUCCCCUCGUUGUUCUGGUUUAGUCUCCUUCAACGUCUUGGGUUUGUGUCCUUGGUAGACGUAAUGCUUGCUUCAAUAUUGUUUUAGAUAGCUAUGUAGAUUGUUUGAGCCUCAUUGUAUUCAUUGUUGAUUGUUUUCGUGGUU